AACUCGUCUCUAUUCGCUCUCCAGUUCUGGGCUGCCGGACGUCAAUUCGCUCUGGAGCCGCUUCCUGCCGUCUGCCUCGCGAACCCUGCGCUGGAUCACCGCGGUUUCCUCUCUCGCUUAGCGUACUUUGUCCAAUAAUACCGCAAACCCGCCUUCUCGCUCUCGCUCUCCUACUCCUCCUCUAUCUUUAAUCUGCUCGUCUCUCCCCGCAAUGGAGACCCUCGAGAUCCACUCGAAGGACUUCGUCGUCAAAUGGAUCUCCGUUCCAGACAACGGCUCCGUCAGAUGGCAGAUCCGGCCUAACAAGAAGUCAAUCAACUUUGGCAUCUUCCGCCGUCUUCCCGGUGCCUCCGAUUCAACCACCGCCCUCGCCCCCAACGCCGGCUCUAAUCCCGCCGCUGCCGCUGCUGCUGCAGGCCGCACGCGUUCGUCCUCCUCCGUCACCGUUAUCUCCCCCACCGGCACCACCCACGGCACCGCGCCAGCAGGAACCCUUCAUGAGCGACUGCGCAACUCGGGCCUCACUCCCGUCUACUGGCACGGCAAGUGCCAUGCCCACAGCAUCCUCAAGGGCUCCUAUCACGUCCCCAAGAACUCUGGUGGCAUGUUUGCUUUCGUCUUUGACAACACCUUCUCCAAGACGCUCUCCAAAACCGUCCAGUUCGCCCACUCGAUCGAGUCGCAGGAUGCAACGUACUCCGAAGGCAUGACCGCAACCACUACAAUGGCUGCCCCCAAGCGACGACGCAGCACCGCGCAUCACCCAUCCACCAAGGGCAACCGCAACAGCGUCCUCGCAUCCCAAUCACAGCCCUCGCCGCCGGUACCUCCCACCAUCCUCCACACCCACUCCGACAACUCCGUUCCUAACCUCGCUACCCAGCGCGCGGUCUCGGCCUCCUCGUCAACCCUCGUGCCCCAGACCGGCGUCGACGACCGCUUCCACUCCGGCAUCCUGCUCAAGAAGCGCCGCAAGAAACUCCAGGGCUACGCAAAGCGCUACUUCACCCUCGACUGCGACUCGGGCAUGCUCUCGUACUACCACGACGCAUCCUCCUCGCUCCUGCGCGGCUCCAUCCCGCUCGCGAUCGCCGCCGUCGCCGUCAAGCCGAUGACGCGCGAGAUCUUUAUCGACUCGGGCGCUGAGAUUUUUAAUCUGCGCGCGCAGACGCAGCAUGACUUUGUGUCGUGGAAAGAUGCGCUCGAGCGGGCGCGCACGCGCGCACUUGUGACUACGACGUCGGCCAGUUCAGCGAUCGCGGGCUCGCCGACCGAGUCCGGGAAGUUGUCACCUAUUACUUCGGCUGGAACUCAGCUUCUUUCGCCGCCGUCGCCGGGGACGGUCAUGUUGACCGACAAGGAGUGGGCGCGGCUCGAGGAGAUUGGGGAUAAGAUCAAUGCUGCGCUCAAGCUUACCCGUGAAAUGGGUGGAGAACCGUCGUCGCCUUCGGGCCAUCCGAAUCACCAUAGUCAUAUUCCUAAUCCUCUCCACCACUCGCUUCACCACAAUCACCACAGUAAUUCGCACAACAACAGCAACAGCAACAGCCAUAACGGCGCUAAAGUUUCGCCGCAGCCGCAGGCGCACCGGGAGGACUACUUUGCGCUCGAUGCGAUGGUCGAGCAGCUGCACAAUACAUCAGUUGCGCCGCAGACAUCAGCAACGACCCCCGGCGGAACGACGACUACGUCUUCGAGGAAGUUCUGGAAGAAGCGGUCGUCGACAAAGGACAGUUCGAACAAUGCCGUCACGCCGGGCGGGGGCGAUACUGCUGCGGCACACCACCACCAUCAUCAGCAACAUCACAACAAAGAUGUUGCUAUCGAAGUGCUGCAGAACCUGCUCACGACCGCAAACGAAGACUUUGUAGCGAUCAUGAACGCGCCGCGGAGACGCUCCUUCUCUGGCUUCCGCAUGCCGAACCUGAGCAGCGUGCGCCGCGGCUCGCUCGACGUGGCGUCGAUAUACUCAGACUCUGAGUUCUUUGAUGCCGAAGAAGGGCCCGCGAUUGUGGUCAUCGCCGACAACGACGAGCCGGUGGAGGACAUUGUCGUUGUCUCGGACGAGGAAGAAGAGGAGGAGACCGCGCGGUCGAGUUCGUCGUCGCGUCGGCGCUCGUCAUCGUCCUCCUCGUCGUCGGUGGACGCCGACCACCGGCUUGCCGCGCUCUCGCCAUCGACGUCAGCCGCGGGCGCGACGCGGGACCUUUCCCCGCUUCCGAUCGAGAAGCACAUCGAGCGGCGGCACACGGUGCCCGCGAACUCGGUACUCCCGCCGAGUUUGAUUCAGUUUGUGCGCAAGAACGUGGGUAAGGAUCUGUCGACGAUCGCGAUGCCUGUGACUGCGAACGAGCCGCUGUCGGCGCUGCAGCGGUACGCGGAGGCGAUGGAGUACAGUUCGUUGAUUGACGCGGCUGCGGCGGCGAAGGUGGACUCGGGGGAGCAGAUGAUGUACAUUGCCGCGUUUGCAAUCUCGAAUCUGUCAAAUAUGCGAUGCAACACGCGCGCGCUGCGGAAGCCGUUCAAUCCGCUUAUGAACGAGACGUUUGAGAUGGUGCGCGAAGACCGCGGGAUCCGGUUCAUCGCGGAGAAGAUCUCGCACCGCCCCCCGAUCUUUGCGACGUUUGCCGAGACGCCAAAGUGGACGUACUCGUACUGUCCGCAGCCGGCGCAGAAGUUUUGGGGAAAGAGCGCGGAGCUGAUUUCGGAGGGCCCGAUCACGAUCAGUGUGUUGACGACCGAGGACGGGGCCGAGCGGACAAUCACGUACUCGUACGCGAUGCCGACGACGUAUUUGCGGAAUAUCCUCGCGGGGGAGAAAUACGUCGAGCCGUCUGGUCAGAUGCAUAUCUCGUCGUCGUCCGGGCACAAGGCGUCGAUUGAAUUCAAGUCAAAGUCGAUGUUCUCAGGUCAAAAGUCGGACGAGGUGUUUGUGAAGAUCUUUGGGCCGCAGAAUAAGCCGUUGCCGGAGGUCGCGAUCAGCGGGAAAUGGACGACGAGCCUUACGCGGACAUCCGACGGGAAAUGCGUGUGGUCGGUGGGUAACUUACUUCCCGAACCACGACUACGUUACGGCAUGCCUGAAUUCUGCGCGGAGCUGAACGACAUCACCGAGAUUGAGCGCGAGAAGAUGGCGCCGACGGACAGUCGGCUGCGGCCGGACCAGCGGCUGCUGGAGACGGGCCAGAUCGAGCAGGCGGAGGAGGUGAAGAAGAAGCUCGAGGACAGCCAGCGCGAGCGGCGGAAGCAGGGCAAGAUUCCCGCGGAGGGGGUCGCGAGUCUGUGGUUUACGAAGGCCGAGAAUGGGGUGUGGAUUCCGAUUCAGGGAGCGGGCGGGUAUUGGGAGCAGAGACGGGUUGGGGACUGGGAAAAGUGUCCGCCGCUUUGGUGAUGUGCAUUUUAUGGUUAGAGUAGAGCUGUGUAAAUAGUGUCUUUUUAUUUUUUUUGUCAGAUUGAUGACGUUUUGGACUUGCCUCUAGAAGAAGGUGAGAGUGUGAAUAAAACCAGACUAUUAUAGAGAGAUUUAGACGAUAAAAGAUAUUCUCUUGAUUCAGGGUUUAUUUAUUAGUUCAAAUUAUCGACACACUUCUUUUCAGAUAUUAACAGCAUAAUCAGCAACACAUAUGAACAACAACAACAACAACAAUAAAACACGAAUGAGCACGACGUAUAAACUGGGAAAAAGCAGUGAUAAGAAAACAGUAUGAGAGAUUAUUAGUGACUUUGAAGUAG